UUCUUCCAGCUUGCCAGAUGAGAUUCCUGAAUAUCUGUCAGAAUGUCAGAUGAUUUGAGGAAACAGACAGAGUCCAGUACAUCCCAACCAAUGGCAAGAGUAAAAUGUUCAAGAAAAAGAAGUAUUGGUGUGAUUUCAAAGGAGAAUUACGACUGCCUUAGAUUAAAACUUGAAGGAGGUGACAUUCCCAAGGAUAGCAAGACUGUCAAGUUUUACCAUGUCUGCCAGAAAAUACAGAAGUUCAAUUUAUCUUUGACAGAAAUUCACAACCCUGUCCAAGGAGAAUAUAGAUUGGAGAUUAUUGAUGGGGACAGGAAAAUAGUGAUAUCAAAGUCAGAACUUGAUAAUGUCAUCUGCAAAUUUUACACUGAGUUGCGGGGUUCUGGAGCAAAGAAAAUAAGAACAUUGAUAAACCAGUAUUAUGCUGGCAUUUCUCAGGAAGCCAUACAAGACUUUAUAGACAGGCAAGAUGACAGGCAACUGUUACAUCCUAAAUUUGUUAAUGCUGCCAAACUAAAACCGGUGAUUUCAAGAACACCAAUGGGGCGACAUCAGGUUGACCUUGUGGAACUAACUGGAAUGCCUGCAGAAAAUGAUGGUGAAACAUUCAUUUACAUCUUGUCUGUUAUUGAUGUUUUCACAAGAUUCUUGUGGCUUCGGCCUCUUUCCAACAUAAGAGCCUGUUCAGUGGCAUUGGAACUCAACAAAAUCUACUUUGAUGCGAUCAAGGCUCCGAGUUUAAGGGAGCAGUCAACCAACUCUGCAUAG